GACGGCAGCCGGCCACGCGAAGUUGUUCCGAACACUCAAUAUCUCCAAGUGUAACUUUGCCUGUCUCAACAUACGCGCGUUUUAUUAUUUAUCUAAGUAAAUACAAUUCAUUAUCAUUACCACAAUUAAUAACCUCUCUCAGCUUAUCUCCGUAAUUUUAAAUUUAAAAAUAAAAGUAUUAAAUAAAAAGUCAGUUAUAAAAACCGUUAGCUUCAUGUAAUAGAGUGAAACUUUUUUAGUGUCGUGAGUGUGUUGUGAUGUGAAUAUUUGUGGAUUAGCCGAUUUGUUACUCACUAUUAUUUUAAAUUUCCCGGUCUCGUAUAAUGCAAUCUUACGACAAUGACAGCAGAGCUAGUAUUGUGUUUAUAUUGUACCCUAUAACUUAACAAACGAGCGUCCACACUCUGGUCUUGUCUACUCCUGGUCUUGUCCUACUCGUUGUAUGGUCGUAGUCCCGGGCCCCAGCACAAGCACAAGCGUACAACAAAACCGAUACCUGUUUCACGCGAUACGAGUUUAAGUAGAGAAGACGAGAGAUGAGAGAGCAAGGUAUAAAGUAAGCGGACCAGAGGUAAAAAAAGUAUCAAAAUCCUGUGGCUGGGAGGCCGUAAAAAAGAUACGACCAUCGCAGUCAAGGAAGAAGAGUAACAGCAGAGCAGAGCAGAGCUGAUGAAGGCUGCCAGAGGUGUCCGCCAAACCGUAGUGCAGCAGAAUGUGAUCGAUCCAUGGAGGGAACUAUCGACAGGAUCUUGAUCUUCAGUUCAACAAUCAUGCAAUAAGCAAUUUCGCCGGGUACAGAAUCGUCUGAGGAUCCAGUAGUCAAAAUAAAAGUAAAGUCAGAGGCGUCACGAGUGACCUGGAUCGCAUGCAAUGUUGAAACGGCGAUUGUCUGAGUGAAAGUGUCGUGACCCGGGUGAGCCGGGCUCUUCCUUUUUAAAUUUCACAUUUGUUUUAUUUAUUUAUUUAUUUAUUGUAUUUGUUUUUAAAAUCUCCUCAUUGAGAAAUGCAUGAAAUUGCUAACGAUCAAAGCUACUGAUUAAACUAGAAACGAGACGACAAGCCGAUUAAUUAUGAAAGCUUACAAGAACCAGUUCAAAAUAUCUAAUGCAUAUGAUUUAAAGUUUGAUUGUAAAGUUGGAGAGUGACAUAGCGAGUGUGUGAAAGAGUAUGACGGACUAUUUGGAUUCACAUUUUGUCCGGGCGCUCUGCCGUGAUCCAGACAGAAGGACUCUACAAGAUCUUCAAAUUAUUUACUAUGGACUUCUUGGACUGGAAGCCUUGCGACCUUGUAGAGAUUCGAUUUUACGAGAACUAUGCAAAGUUGUGCGAUAUGAAAGACAUUACGCCAAUCAUGUUCUUUAUUACACGGGUGAAUUGGCAACGAGUUGGUAUAUUCUGCUGUCUGGAUCAGUAUUCAUCGAUGGGUCCAUGUUUCUUCCUCGUUCAAGCUUUGGCAAGCGGACGGGUGGCAGUGCCAGGAGACCCAACGAGUGCUUCGUUCUCGAGCCCUCCGAGAUGAUUGUCAUCGACUAUUCGGAAGUGCACGGAAGGAUGCAUCGACCUCCGCAUCCUCAUCCCAUUGCCGACCAUCGGCAGGUCAAUUUGGUCUUCGACGAUACGUUCGCACCGGGCCUGACUGGCAGGCCGGAGCUCUACCAAAAGUCAAACAGAAGCAGCCAUUCGAGUGACACGAGCUCGGCGUACAGCGGAUCAGACACGAUGACAUCGGUUCAGGGAUCUUUGGACGCAGACAACGACGAGGUCGACUUCUCUGGCCUCGUCGAGUCGAUAGUAGACAGCGAUGAGGAGGAAGAUCUCGCUGAGAGCAUGGAUAGCCUAACCGUUCGCGAUACCGUGCGUGAGUGCCUGGAAAAAGACCCGGCGGAGCGAACUGAGGAAGACAUCGAGAUCCUGCUGGAAUUCACGCAACAUCUAAAGGCAUUCACGAACAUGACCUUGGCCGUGAGACGUGCACUCUGUGCGGUGAUGGUAUUUGCGGUGGUGGAGAGCGCCGGAAUGAUUGUGCUGACUGAUGGGGAGGAAUUAGAUAGUUGGAGUGUACUGAUAAAUGGUGCUGUUGAAAUAGAACACAGCAAUGGUGAAAUUGAGCAAUUGCAUCUUGGUGAUAGUUUUGGAAUUCUGCCAACAAUGGAGCGAUUGCUACAUCGAGGAGUUAUGCGGACCAAGUGCAAUGACUGCCAAUUUGUCUGUGUGACACAAGCUGAUUAUUUUCGAAUCCAACAUCAAGGGGAAGAAAAUACGAGGCGACAUGAAGAGAACGGCCGGGUGAUUUUGGUAACCGAGUUAAGAGGAGCUCUUGACGGCGGCACCAGGCGCGGACAUGUGGUGAUCCGUGGGACACCUGAACGGCUUAUGCUACAGCUUAUCGAAGAAAACAGUAUUACGGACCCGACGUACGUCGAAGACUUCCUGCUCACUCAUCGAACGUUCAUCGACAGCCCGCUGCUGGUCGCUGAUCAAUUACUCGAGUGGUUCGCACAGCCACAAGUUAAAGAUCGCGUCGCACGUGUCGUACUGCUCUGGGUGAAUAAUCACUUUACGGACUUUGAAACAGAUCCGGCGAUGAUGGAAUUUUUAGAAGCAUUCGAGGCAGGCCUUGAGCGUGAAAAAAUGCAGGGUCAGCAGAGAUUAUUGAACAUUGCAUGUGCAGCGAAAGCAAGAACGCGUAAUAUAACACUCGCGAGGCCGAACAGAGACGAAGUGUUGAACUUCAGUAUACUCGGCGGCUACGAACGUGGAUUUGGGAUAUUUAUAUCUAAAGUCGACAAGCACUCGAAGGCCGAAGACGUUGGACUUAAACGUGGUGACCAAAUUUUAGAAGUCAAUGGCCAACGUUUUGAGCACGUAAGUCACGCGAGGGCACUUGAAAUAUUACGUGGCUCAACGCAUCUCAGUAUUACCGUUAAAUCAAAUUUAUUGGCAUUCAAAGAAAUGCUACAGAUGCCAGAUAACUCGCCACGGCCGCGUGGCAGAAUAAAUAAACCAGAAGUACCAAGAAUACCAAUAGAUCCACGCGCGAGGCUGUCAACGCACGUGGAUCCUCUGACACCCGGCGGGCAACUGAAUCCAAUGGUCGGUGGGGUGCCUCUGCUGAUACCCGACAAUAAUGGAUCGCCGUGCAAGGAUUCGAAAAAAGAGCACAAGGGAUUCAUGACACUGGGACCAAAACGACGGUUUCAAAAAGCUCUGAUGAAAAUGAACAUAUUGCCAAAGAAUAUUAUCAACGACGGUAUGCAUGCUGAUGAUUCCCUGGCACCGCCUCACACGCCACCAGGAACGGGACUACAAAAUACCACAAAUCUUUAUCAUUCUCGCAGCAAUCCCGAUUUAACGUCGAUAUACUGUUACGAUGAUCUAAGAGCGCCAGAUUAUCCUGAACACGUACUAAAAGUCUACAAAGCUGAUCAGACUUGCAAAUAUCUCCUUGUCCACAAAGAAACAACGGCCCAUGAAGUUGUCAUGCUGGCAUUGCAGGAGUUUGGUAUCACUGAAAGCAGCUCUAAUUUCUCGUUGGCUGAAGUAAGUGUCGCUGAAGGUGGAAUGAUUAAGCAGCGAAGGCUGCCAGAUCAGCUGCAGAAUUUGGCCGAGAGAAUAGGAUUAAGUUCCCGGUAUUAUUUAAAGACCAACGGUAUCUCCGAGACACUGGUCGCUGAUGAACAGGCGCCAGAGUUGGUGAGAGAAUCUCAAGUACAUUUUUUACAACUAAACGCCGUCGAAGUGGCCAUCCAGUUAACGCUCCAGGACUUUAGUAUAUUCCGUCAGAUAGAGUCCACGGAGUACGUUGACGAUUUAUUUGAACUUAAGAGCCGCUAUGGGGUCCCGAUGCUCAGUCAAUUCGCGGAACUAGUCAACAGAGAAAUGUUUUGGGUCGUCACAGAGGUUUGUUCUGAGCACAAUCUCGUCAGACGGAGUAAAAUAAUAAAGCAAUUUAUAAAGAUAGCACGUCAAUGUAAAGAAUGUAAAAAUUUCAAUUCCAUGUUUGCUAUCGUCUCGGGACUUGGCCACGGCGCAGUGUCACGUCUGCGCGCUUCCUGGGAAAAAUUGCCCAGUAAAUAUCAAAGAUUAUUUAGUGAUCUUCAAGAACUUAUGGAUCCAAGCAGAAAUAUGAGCAAAUAUCGUCAGCUGGUUGCUUCUGAACAGACACAGCCUCCAAUAAUUCCAUUUUACCCGGUCGUAAAAAAGGAUUUGACGUUCAUACAUCUGGGAAAUGACUCGAGAGUCGAAAAUCUCGUAAACUUUGAAAAAUUGCGUAUGAUCGCCAAAGAAGUGAGGACACUGACAAAUAUGUGCUCGUCGCCGUACGAUUUGUUGACGAUGCUCGAGCGCGGGGGACAGCCUCCGAGUUCCGCGAUGGUUGCGCUCAAUCAAAUGACGACGGGUAAUCAGGGCGGACAGACGGCGACAGUUAAGCGACGCAAAAAAUCCGCAGCGGCGCCAAAUCCGAAAAAAAUGUUUGAAGAAGCUCAGAUGGUGAGACGGGUCAAGGCUUACUUGGCCAACAUGAAGGUCACCACAGAUGAGGAACGUUUGCACGCUUUGUCAGUUGACUGUGAACCACAUGCGGGCGCGGUAGCUAUCGCUGCGGCAGUUCCUCUAUCAGGAAGUCGAGGUAGACGGCAUCCUUCACCCACACUCUCUACUACUAGUAGUGCCAGUAGCACCAGUGAAGGCAGAAAAAGUAUACAAGGUACAAAAUUCGGAGCAGCAUCUCCACAAGCCGUACGAAAGAUGCUGGCUCUAUCAGAUCCACACAAAACCCGACCUUACCAACCUAAACACUGUCCCGUGCUUCCAGUACCGGGUCUGGCUUUGCACUCGAGCGGACUGGAGCCGAGUCCCGGUGCGCCGAGAAGAGUAGGCUCUGGUAGCCGUAUGCCGAUGCACGAAAGGUCACACAGCGAUACACCCUCGGGUUUGCCAGCUCCAGUUGAUCUUAGCGCUGAAAGCAGCAGUGUCACUAGUCUUAGCAAUUUACAACCUUUGAGAAAGACACUGACAAGUGGUUCGGUGACGAGCAGUGACAGUGGUCACAGUACACAGUUGGAUAGCCACAGCGGGAGCAGCGUCGAAGCUGGUGGGAGCCCUCCACCGCCCCAGAGACGGCAUUUAUCAAUGCAAGGUUGCACAGGAGCUGGCAUUGGACUUGGAACAGGACUGCCGGGGCCGAUGCACCAUAGCGCCGGCACGACUUCCUUUAUGCUUGCCGGGAAUAAUUCGAUGGUCCAGCGAUCCACAGCUGUGGCAGGUCCUGGCCAGUGUCGGCAGCCACCUGCGUACAAAGUUGCCGCUCAGAUGGCGAGAUUACACAGGCUAGGUCGUGCCCACAGCCACGAAGGAGUCACUUAUCGCACCAGCCACGAAGAUGAUGACGACGAAGCUCAAGUGUCGGCAGUGUAAAUGAUCGAUCUGCAAUCAACAAUUAAAGACCACUAAUUGAACCAGUUAAUCCUGACCGUCCUUCAUUUGUUUGUUUGUUUAUAUUUUAUUAUUUUAUACUAAUUAUUUUUUACUAUUUAUUUUUUUUUACUCGAUUGAGUGGAUGAGUAGUCAGACGAGUGAACGGAUGGACAUAUCUAUGAGUGAUUGUAUAAAAUUGAUAAGAGAAUUUAACAAGAGUAUGUGUAUAAACAAAUAUAUAUAUAUAUACAUAUUUAAAAAUUAUUAAAAAAAAGAAGAAAAAAAAAUGCGAAUAAAUAAUAACCGCAUGUUAUUUAGUGCUUCCUUGUACUCCGGACCAUAACACGCAUUGAUCUAUUAUAUUUCCUGUAUGUGUCACGUACCCGACAAUUCAUCAUAUAUGUAUAUGAAUAUAUAUUACGACUAAUGUGUAUUCAUUUAGAUAAUUACGGGCGUAAUGAUUUAAGGAAAGGGAAUGCCUACAAAAGUAUGAAAAGAAAAUUAAAUAAAAUAUAAUGAUUGCUUUACUCUAGUACUGAAUAAAUAUGAAGACGAACAAAUUUAAAUGAGUUUUGAAAAUUCAAAUUGAUUUUUCUGAUCAUUUUACUAUUUUUUUUUUUUUUUAAAUGUUAAUUUUAAUUAUUAUUAAAACGUUUAAAUAUAUAUACAUAUAUAUAAAUAUAUAUAUGUAUAUAUAUAAAUGUGUAAUAAAUUGAAUCCAAAGAUGUUAAAUAUCCUUUUUAAAUGCCGUAAAAUAAUUAAAUCGGCGUCUGUAUUAUAUUAAUUUAUAAGUUAGUUUAUAAGUUAAAAGGAAUGAAAAAAUUAUAGUAUGUAAGUUGGUGUAAAUAGAUUAGCGUAGAAUUAAGCUGACAUAAAUACUGAUUAUUAUCAUUAAUAUUAUAUGAAAAAAGAAUGGAACAAAGUAAUAAAGUAUGAAAGCCCAGUAAUGGCUUUUUAUUUAAUUUUUUUUUUAAAUAAAAUGAAAGAUUAAUUUAAUAAGCGAAAAAAAAAUUAAGAACGAAAUUAAAGUGGUUGAAAGUCCUUGGUUUAAUAAUUAAUGAUAUUUGAUAAUUAAUGAUUAAUGAAGAUGAGUGUAAAAUUAUUAUGUGAAAUUAAUAAUUUUGGUUACGUAUACGAUUGUUUAAAUUUAACGGACCUAAUUUUUGUCCGCGUUUGAGGAGUGAUUGAGUCAUGAACGGUGUCCACUGUUAAUGUUAUUAUUGUUAUUAUUAUUUGCUUUGUUUAUUUUUAAGUGUCUGGUUUGGAAACGGUAUUUAUGGAUUUAGAAAGUUGUAAUGGAUUAUAAAUUGCGGCAGUUAUUGUUGAUAUUUUAAUGCAAAUAUCGGAAACGAUUUGAUUUAUAAUAUUUACAUAAUAAUAGUGGGUGUUUUGAGUGGUAGUUUAUUUAUAAUUUUUUAUUAUUCAGGGAAAUUUAAAUUUCGUGAUUGGCGAUUAAAUCACAGUUAGUUAACAUAUUUAAAUUACAGAACGUGGAAUUACUGAUUGAAUUUUAAUUAUUAAUCGUAAUCAUUAUUUAAUUAGCUGCUAUUUUGUGUUGCACGAAAAAAAUUUCAUCUUCAGACCUAAAUUUUUUUUUAUUGAGAUAUUUUUGAAAUUGUAGAGGUCUGUGUAGAUUUAAAUGAAGAAAAAAUCACCAAGUUCAAAUUUUGAUUUUGAAAAUAUUUUUCAAAUUUUUGGUUUAAAAUUCAUUGGAGCCAAAGUCAAUUUAAUGACUGAUUAAAUAAAAAAUUUUUUUUCCAAUUGCCUUAUUUCGAAUCAUGUCUAAGCAUGAGCUGCCUAAUUACAGACACAUUCAAUUAUAAGAAAAUUAAAUUUGAAUUUGUUCUCAUAAUGAUUUUUCAAAAUUUGUUAAUUGAAACUUUUUGUCUGACUUAAGUCUUGACUUCUAUUCAAAUAUUCAGUGAAUAAAAAAAAAAUAUAUGAGGGCCAUUAAUCAAGACAAUUAAUAUUUUCAAACUAGACACUUAUAUAUAAUUAUAUUAUCUAAUUUAUUAUAAAAAAAAAAAUAUAUAAAAUGCUCAUAACACAGCGCACUUUGAAUGUCAUAAAUAAAAAUGAUAAAUAACAUGACUUUAAAGGACACUGUUCGACUAGUCGAUAUGCCUAUAAAUAUAUAUAAAUAUAUAUAUACAUCCUGGAAUAUUAAAAAAUCAACAUAUUAAAUUAAUAAAUAUAUAUCUCUGUACAUAUCUCUAUUCAUCUUCACCGCAAAGUAAAAAGUUGAAAAUAAAUAUUGAAUUUCUGUCAGUAUGAAACGUCAUUGAUUAUAUUAAUAUAUAUUAAUAUUUAAUUGUACAGAUGUAAUUUAAAUUUCAUUAUUAAUAAUACUCUAAUAAUAAUAAUUAUUAUUGUUAUUAAGAGUUACAGCGACUAAUCGCUUUUCAUUUCAUUCCAAAUGCAUUUAUUAUUAAAUGACUUUUGAGUAUUGAAAUAAAAUAAUUUUUAAAAUUAAACUCAUCGUUCAAUAUCAUUGAAACAAUAAUAAUUUUUAAUAAAACAUCCUUCGCAAAUAUUUUAAACGAUAAAAAAGUAUGAAAAAAAUAAAUUUAUAAAAUUUAUUAGCAAAAAUGUCAGCCAUUAUUUUAAUUGUAACAAAAAUGAACAGUAUCUUUUAUAAUUAAUGCCGAUGCAAUCAAUGAC